AUGCGUGUCUCUACUUUGCUCCCCAUCGCUCUGGCAGCUGGUACUGCUGUUGCCUCGAAGCAGGGAACUCUGGGUUUCGCACUGGGCAACAAGAAUGCGGAUAGCAGCUGCAAAUCCCAAUCGGACUACGAAAAGGAUUUCGAUGCGCUGAAGGGCGUGACCACCCUCGUCCGCACGUACUCUGCUAGUGACUGCGACACGGCGAAGAACAUUAUCCCCGCGGCCAAGGCGAAGCAGUUCAAGGUCGUCCUGGGUGUCUGGCCCGAUUACGAUCAAUCCUUCAACCAGGACUUCUCCGCCCUGAAGGCAUCCGUCCACGGAAACGAAGAUGUCGUCGAUGCCAUCACAGUCGGUUCCGAGGUCCUUUACAGAAAGGGCCUCACCGCCGAUAAUCUGCUCAAGAGAAUUCAGCAGGUCCAGAACGAGUUCCCUCAGGUCACUGUUGGAUUCGUGGACAGCUGGAACAAGAUCGCGGAUGGCACGGCCGAUCCCAUCAUCAAGGGUGGUGUGAACUACAUCCUGGCCAACGGCUUCGCCUAUUGGCAAGGCCAGGAACUGAGCAAUGCCACCAACACCUACUUCGAUGACAUGGCUCAGGCCCUGGAGCACAUUGAGAAGGUCGCUCCUAACCCAGACAAGAUCCGCUUUGGCAACGGUGAAACCGGCUGGCCCACAACUGGUGGCUCCAACUACGGCCCCGCCGUGGCCAGCACCGAAAAUGCGGCCACCUACUAUCAGUCUGCUGUCUGCGGCAUCCUUGACUGGGGCAUUGAUGUCUUCUACUUCGAGGCCUUCGAUGAGGCCUGGAAGCCCGACACCAAGGGUGACAACGGCGAGAUGCAGGACGAGAAGCACUGGGGUGCCUUCUCCGCGGAUCGCAAGGUCAAGUUCGAUCUCAAGUGCAACAAGUAA